CGCAUGAUUUUGGGAUUUGGGCGAUUUGCUCUGGGCAGGUGCAAUUCAUAUGUAGCACUAACUUGUAACACGUGUUCUUACAGAUACACGUCGUCAGUGCGUUAUGAUUCAGAUCGGCACUUCAUCCAGGACGUGACCCUGCAGCCCAAGGGUUUGGGUCUGGAGAUGUGCAGCCAGACGGUGUUGGCCCUGCCUCAGAGCACCUGGAGACAUUACAAGACCCAGCUGGAGUUCCAGCCCCGUCAGCGGGUGCAGCGCUACCAGAGCACCACCAUAGUGUACCCCAAACACACCCGGACCUUCUACACCACCCAGCUCAAAUAUGACGGGCACAAGCUGACCAAGCGCUUCUUUUCAGCUGUAGAGAUGCAGGCUUCUGAUUGCCAGGCUGGUUUUUGAAAGACACACGGGCAUCUGUGCCUGACGUUACGCCCAUAUGUACCAAUUAUAAACCACUGCCUGCAUUCACUGAGUCCCAAGAGGGGAAAAAAAGGAAACUCGGACUGAAAUUGUUGCCAGUUGGAAAGGGGAUCCCUAGACAGAUGCGCAGUUUAGUUUGUUUUAGGCUGAAGGAAGAGUAAGCAACUGUGUUGCUGUUUGAAGGUUUGUUUAGGAGCAGCAUAUGGAGAUUUGUAUGUGUUUUCGCCAUCAGUUAUCAAUGGUAAUGUACAACAAUGGUUUUUAAUUGUAUGUAGACGUGUGGUUGAUUAUUUAAUGGUGAGAUUCGCGUUUCAGAUAUUCUGCUCUGAUCUUGGACCAUCGUUGUUUGAAGGUUAGAUUUGAUUUUGACACAUAGUUGGCCAUAGAGAAAUACAUGAUUUACUAGAGAGCAAACUUUUGCCCCAUCAUAAAGUGAGUAUUAGAAUAAUACAAUGGUGCAUUUUAGGUUUGGGUUACAAAGGUGCAGUUUCAGUACAUAUUUUUCACAUGUUUCUAUUUAACAGGUUCAAUCUCACUGAGCUGUAGAAGGGUAACGUUCAUAUAUUAGGGCCUAAAAAGUGUUUUCUGAAGAAACAGGGUAUGUUAGUGUGUCUUUGCACAAGUGUGGUGAUGAGUGUAUCUGGAUUAAAACAUUAACUCCAUCUUAAACUAACAUUGUCUGCAUAUUUUACUACUGUAAUUAUCCAUUAGGACACUUAUGGGAAGAACAUUAGGACCCUGGGGUAAGUCGUGGCCUAAUGGUUAGAGAGUUGGACUCGUAACCCUAAAAGGUUGCGGG